AUGUGUCAAAUCGAGGUUCUCGCUCGCGCAGUCAGCACUCAAACCGAAAUCCUGACCAAGUCAUGGCAUGCGAACGAUGCUCACGGAGUCUCAUCACCCGCGGGUCGGCGCACUACCAUUCCACCUCUUGACGAGUCGGGCGAGGAGGCGAGAAAUCAACUAAUUGAUACUUUGAGAGAACUAGAGCAGCUUGUUCUUGGGCCGAAAGAUACCAUGCAGGCCCUCUAUUACAAGAGCGCCGAAGCUGGAGUAAUCCAAGCUCUGUGCAAACUCCAAGUCCCACGGCAUGUUCCUUUGGAAGGGUCGAUCUCAUAUACAGAUCUGUCAGCGAGAGUUGGUGUCUCUGCAGACCGACUCAAACAUUUGGUCCGCAUUGCAGCCGUGUGCUCCAACUACCUUGCCGAAACCGAGACUGGCGAAGUCCAACAUAGCAACAAUUCGGUCAUCUGGCAACUCGACCCCCUCAUGGCUAACGGUAUGGAAGUCAUGCUCGACCAUUUGCCAAGUUCUUCAUUCAAACUGGGCGAAGUCUGCACCCAGGAUCCCACUGACGAGAAGGAGACCGUCUGCGGCUUCAGCCUGGCACGCAACCAGCCACUUUAUGAAUACCUCGAAACAAACCCUGACCAGGGUCGACGAUUCGCGGCGCAUAUGCGUGCGCAGGCUGCGCAGCAAGGGGACGCGGCAAUCCAAGGAUGCUAUGAUUGGCGCUCACUGAAAGGCAAAUCCUUGGUCGAUUGUGGAGGCUCCUUUGGCUCUGUUGCCGCUUCUAUCGUGCGCAAAGAACCCGGUAUCCGCUGCACCGUGCAGGAUCUACCCAAAGUGGUCCACUCAGCCAUUGCAGCGACAUUCAAAGACCCUAGCUUCCCCCGCGAAGCGAUCAGCUUCCAAGCCCAUUCGUUCUUGGAACCUCAACCGCUGGUAGCAGACGUGUAUCUCUUCCGCAUGGUCUUCCAUAACUGGUGUGACGCUGGGGCGCGUCGCAUUGUACAAGCAUUGCGGCCAGCACUACGUCCUGGAGCCAGGGUCAUAUGCAUCGAGUACGUGAUGCCGCCCAUGGGGUCGGGCCCCAGUUAUGCGGAACUUGCCACACGCCGACUGGACAAUGUCAUGUUUUCACUGAUGAAAGGCAAGGUGCGAGAACUGGAUGAGUUUAAGCAGCUUUUCGAGUCUGCCGAACCGAAUCUGGUGUUCAAGAGCUUCAAGGCUGGCCAGUUGAGGGCGACGCACGACCCUAGAUGUCACUCUGUCCUCGAAUGGGUGUACGAGCCCAGAGGCACUGGGAAGGGGGAGGGAGUGGCCGAGCACCAUGAAACCAUGCCCGCUACUACUAGUUGA